ACUCCCUCCCAACCUUAACCAACCACUUCACCUGCCAGACGUCACUUCUCGACUCCUGCCUGGUUGUGCCUACCCGCCGACCCUCAAUCCAAGGCGGGCGCCAUCAGAGUCAACGGACCUAUAUCCUCACCCAUGGCGCCGACACGCAGACACCAUCCUGUCCCACUCCCCUAUCCUUCUGACCUGCAUCCGCCUUAAGACACCCUGUCACGAUCCUCCUACUCACCCCAACAUCACAAGUCACGCCCCAUACCUCAAAAUGAACACCUCAAAUAUCUCCGCCUUCUCUCCCUCAGCCCUGGCCGAGGAGCUCAAGGGCAUGCCCAAAGAGACGGAGCAAGACCGCAUUACGCGCAGCAGUGGACGCUUCGCCGAUAUCGAGCACGAUAUGCCUUCGCUGCCCCAUCGCUUCAAAUUCGACCUCAAGGACAAUCUCUCCUCCUGGCUCGGCUCCCGGAAUCCCCUCUUCCGUUAUGUUGACCCCAGCAGAGACCUCGUCUGGCUCUUUGACAACACCGCCUAUCAGGACAGGUCUGGCCGGUGGAAGGCCGAGUUUGUCGCUGCCUACUUUGUCAAGGACAGCGGCGAGGACCUGAGCGAUGUGGUAGCCUGGGUCGCCGACAAGGUUGGCCUGGCCCAGGAUGAUGAAGCCAAGCGCACUAUCGAGAACAGGAUCCAGCCCAUGCUGGACACCAUCGUCCCCGCACGCGCCUGCACCGUCGAUAUCGAGGGCUCCCAAUCGAGACUGGGGCCGAGCGGCCGCUCUGGCAUCAGUUCCGACAUUGUGGCUCUUCCAACCAAGGACCAUGCGGAUGGCCAAGUCAUCAAAACCAGGGUCAAAGAGAGCGUGGCAAAGCAGCCGUUGAAUGCGAACUUGAGGUUUGCGACCCCCACCGGCUGGGCUGUCAUCUCGGAUAUCGAUGAUACCAUCAAGAAGACCCUGACACCCGACCCCAUUGGCAUCCUCAGGACAACCUUUGCCGAAGAUCCAGAACCCAUUCGCGGCAUGCCAGAACUCUACAAGCACAUUUCACAAAAACUCGACAAUCCGCCAUUCUGGUAUCUCUCCGCUUCCCCUUACAACCUCUAUCCCUUCCUGCGCGAAUUCAGAGACCAGUACUAUCCUCCCGGCACCAUGAUCCUGCGCGACGCCUCCUGGAUGAACCUUGCAGGCUUCUUUGCGGACCUCACCCAAGGCACCCAAGCCUACAAGGUCGACCGCAUGGUCAAAAUCCACGGCUGGUUCCCCAAGCGCAAAUUCAUCUGCAUCGGCGAUAGCACGCAGUCAGACCCCGAAGCUUUCGGCGAAGCGUAUCGCAAGUUUCCCAAGUGGAUUGGCGCCAUCUUCAUCCGUAAGGUGACGGGCGUCGCAGAGAUGGACGAGGCGAGGAAGAAUGCACCAGAGAGGUUCACGCGGGCGUUCGAGGGUGUGCCGGAUGACGUUUGGUAUGUGUUUGAGGAUCCGAAUGAGUUGUAUGCGAAGGUGGAUGCGUUGACGGCGACGAGAUGAAUGUGGCUUUUGUUUCACUGUAGUGGGCAGCGUUGGCGUGAUACCUCCUUUCUUUUUUCGUGAUUGCAGUCAUUCAGUUCUUUCGACAGUUGCCUUAGGUCCUUGCUCUACUCGUUACAUGUAUAACUAUCGCAUACCCAUUCUCUUGUUUCCUGUCACUCUGUUCUCGUUCGUUGGCGGUUAUGCUGCUUUACCAGGCAUUAAUAAGAGAAUCGCAUUUUCCGUGUACACUUUCUCGACCCUGUCGUCCUUGUAUACAGCUCGUUCAACUCAGAUGAGUAGGGGUUCAAUCGUCGGAGCCGGACG